AUGUCAUCGUCGGCGCAGAACAGCCACUUCAGGCUGCUCCAGCAGUUCAAGCCUGAUUACUCGCCGAGCGAGUUUACUCAGUAUGAAUCACAGCGCACGGGCAUGAGAGUCGUCGUGAUCGACCAACCCGGUCCCAAGGUCAAUGGCUACUUCGUGCUUGCUACUGAGAUCCAUGAUGAUUCGGGAGCCCCUCACACGUUGGAGCACUUGUGUUUCAUGGGAUCCCGCAAUUACCGCUACAAGGGCUUCUUGGAUAAGUUGGCAACUCGCGUGUACUCCAGCACCAACGCAUGGACUGCAACUGAUCACACUGCCUACACACUUGAUACCGCAGGCUGGGAAGGCUUUGCGCGUAUUUUGCCCGUCUAUCUGGAGCAUGUGAUUGCUCCUACCUUGACGGACGAAGGCUGCUACACCGAGGUGCACCACGUCGAUGGAUCUGGAAACGAUGCCGGUGUUGUGUACUCGGAGAUGCAGGGAGUUCAGAACGAUGCCGCAGAACUGAUGGACCUGGCAGCACGAAGAUUGACCUAUCCCCCUGGUGUAGGCUUCCGCUAUGAGACCGGAGGUAUGAUGGAACAGCUUCGUGUUCUGUCUGCGGAGCGAAUCCGUGAAUUCCACCGCGAGAUGUAUCAGCCCAAGAACCUGUGUCUGAUUAUCACUGGAGAGGUCGACCAGAACCACAUGCUGGACAUUUUGGAUAAGUUUGAAGAAACUAUCCUGGAUGUCAUUCCCAGCCCAGAGGCUCCAUUCAAGAGACCUUGGGUGGAUUCCAAGCAGGCUCCUCCUUUGGCGGAGUCCAUCAUCCAGAAGGUCGAGUUCCCCGAGGAGGACGAAUCAUUCGGUGAAAUUGAGAUCCGUUUCAUUGGACCCGAUUGUACUGACCCAGUUCAAUCCGGAGCUCUUAAUGUAUCUCUUCUCUACUUGGCGGGCUCAUCUGCAGCCUUGCUAGAGAACAUCAUUGUGGAGAAGGAACAACUCGCCAGUGCUGUCUACUAUGCCACCGAGGACCACCCCAGCAUGGAGAUCCGCUUCACAUUGACCAGUGUCGCGACUGAAAGCCUGGAGAAGGUCGAGAAGAGAUUCUUUGAGAUUCUCAAAGAUGCCAUGGACAAGGAGCUGGAUAUGAAAUACUUGAAGGAGUGCAUCGAUCGUCAGCGCCGAACCUGGAAGUUCUCUACUGAAUCCUCGGCCUCUUCUUUCGCCGAGUACGUCAUUUCUGACUUCCUGUUUGGAAAACGCGAUGGUUCCACUAUGAUGGACGUCGCGACUUUGAAGGAGUACGACGUUCUCGAGAACUGGAAUGAAGACCAAUGGCGUGCCUUUAUCAAGAAGUACAUCUCCGAUGCGGCCCACGUCACUAUCCUGGGUGUUCCAUCUCAAAAGAUGUCCGAGACGCUGAAGAAGGACGAGGAGGAUCGCGCCGCUGCUCAGAAGGAGCGCCUGGGUGAGAAGGGCUUGAAGGAGCUCGCCGACAAGCUUGAAAAGGCGAAGGCUGAGAACGACAAGCCUAUUCCACAGGAGCUGCUUGAAGAGUUCGCAAUUCCUGGAACGGAGUCAAUCCACUUUAUGGAAACCACUACGGCUCGUUCUGGAGCUGCAUUGAAGGCUGGACGCCCCGACAACAAGAUCCAAAAGAUUGUCGAUGCCGACAAGUCUGACUCGUCUCUCUUCAUUCACUUCGAGCAUAUUCCCAGUAGCUUCGUACAGCUGGCGGUGCUUAUCUCGGCGGAUUCCGUACCUGUUCAGCUGCGUCCAUUGCUUUCAAUCUACACCGAAGCCUUCUUCAACAUCCCGGUUGAGCGUGAUGGGCAAACCAUCGACUUCGAGCAGGUUGUUGUGCAGCUUGAGAGAGAUACAGUCGGGUAUAAUAUGGAGACUGCCCGUAGCCUCGGAAACUCCGAGAUGCUACGCGUUUCCUUCCAGGUCGAGCUGGAGAAGUAUGAGAACGCCAUCGCCUGGAUCCAAGAGCUGUCCUGGAAGUCUAUCUUCGAUGUUGAGAGACUUCGGGCUAUUAACACUCGUCUUUUGGCUGAUGUGCCAGACUCCAAGCGCAGUGGCGACGACAUGCUUGCCGCAGCCCAUGUGAUGGUGCACUAUGCGAACGAGUCCGUUGUCCGUGCUCGGUCUACUCUGGUCAAGGCUCGCUACCUCAAGCGCGUCAAGCGUCUGCUCGAGGACAAACCCGAGGAAAUCGUGAGCCGCAUGGAAGAAAUUCGCAGCUCGCUUUUCCAGCCCGACAACGUCCGCGUCAUCGUCAUCGCUGAUCUUGAGAAGCUGAAGAACCCCGUUUCAGCCUGGAAGCCCUUCGCCGAUACUCUCGGCGCCACUGCUGAUCUACGUCCCAUCACCAACCGACGAGCCCGUCUCAGUGAUGCCGGCAAGAACGUUGGCGGCAAGUCCUAUAUCGUCCCUAUGCCGACAGUUGACUCGUCUUUCGCCUACGCUACCGGUCGUGGUCUGGACUCCUACGAUCACCCCAGCCUGCCUGCCCUGUUGGUCGCAAUUUCUUACAUGAACGCCGUUGAGGGUCCUCUCUGGGUUGCAGUCCGUGGAACCGGUCUGGCGUACGGCACCAACUUUAGCUACAACAUUGAUACUGGCUUUGUCAACUUCGAUGUGUACCGUUCGCCCAACGCACACAAGGCUUUCGAGUCUAGCAAGCAGAUUGUCGAGGACCAUCUGUCUGGUGCUUCGCCUUUCGACCCAUUGAUGCUGGAGGGCGCUAUCAGCAGCAUUGUGGUCAACUUUGCGAACGAGCAAAUGACUGCUGCUAGCGCUGCGCAAGGCAGUUUCAUUCGCCAGGUCGUGCGCAAAUUGCCCAGCGACUACAAGGAAAAGAUGCUCAAGAACGUCCGUGCUAUCACUGUUGACCAGAUCAAGGGUGCUUUGCGUGAGAUUCUCCUGCCGAUGUUUGCUCCUAAGACAGCGAACCUGGUGGUUACCUGCGCCACUGUUUUGGAAGAGGCUAUCAAGCAGGGCUUCGAGGCAUCUGGCUUCAGUCCCAUUGUUCAACCUCUCAAGGAGUUUGAAGAUGACUACGGUCUGAAGAUUGACGGCCAGGACGAGGAUGAAGACGACGACGACGAAGAAGACGACGACGAAGACGAGGACCACUCGGAUGAAGAUGAUGAAUGA